GCCGCUCUGGAGCUUCCGGGGCUGCGCAGAAGUGCGGCGGCUGCUGGUCCGUCCCUUCCUCUUCUCCGAGGCCAGUGGCUGGCGUCUUCUCGUUGGGCCGCAUCGGGACGGAGGAAGGGAAUGAAGGAUGGCGGCACGCCGUGCAUUAAAAGCUGUUUUGGUGGAUCUCAGUGGCACACUUCAUGUUGAAGAUGCAGCUGUACCGGGCGCACAGGACGCUCUUAAAAGGUUACGUGCUGCUCCUGUUGCCAUUAGGUUUGUGACAAACACAACCAAGGAGAGCAAGGUGGAAUUGUUAGAGAGGCUGAAAAAAAUGAAUUUUGAUGUUGCUGAGCAUGAGAUAUUCACUUCUCUGACAGCAGCUAGAAACCUAGUGCAGGAGAAGCAAGUUAGGCCCAUGUUGCUGAUUGAUGACCGGGCACUACCAGACUUUCAAGGAAUACCAGUAAAUGAUCCUAAUGCUGUAGUCAUAGGAUUGGCACCAGAACAUUUUAAUUAUCAAGUUCUAAAUCAAGCAUUCCGGUUAUUACUGAAUGGUGCUCCUCUUAUAGCAAUACACAAAGCUAGAUAUUUUAAGAGGAAAGAUGGCUUAGCCCUGGGACCUGGACCAUUUGUUACUGGUUUGGAGUAUGCUACGGAUACUAAAGCCAUAGUUGUAGGGAAGCCAGAGGGAAAAUUUUUCUUGGAAGCUUUGCGUGGCAUUGAUUGUACACCAGAAGAAGUCAUUAUGAUUGGAGAUGACUGCAGAGAUGAUGUUGGUGGAGCUCAGAGUAUUGGCAUGCUAGGUAUCUUGGUGAAGACUGGGAAAUAUCGAACAGCCGAUGAAGAGAAAAUUAAUCCAGCUCCUUACUUAACCUGUGAGAGCUUCCCACAUGCUGUGGACCACAUCCUACAACAUUUACUGUAAGAAAGGAGGGCAACAUGAAACAACUUUGGCGUGUAACUUUUUAUUUCCCAGAAUGCAUUUUUGAAAAUGCAUUGGGCCAGAACACACAGAAAUGGGCUCUUAUCACAUUGUAACCCUCCUUUGUUAUGCAUUAAUUAGAGGGAAAGGUAGCCAGUCACCAAACCUUACUAAUCCCAAUCCCUCUUAUUUCACAAACUUGAUAAAACCUAAAGAAACAAAAGCUGAAAUUUUGUGCCAUUCCUUUUAAAAUAUUCAUCAGAUUAAACAGUCCUAGGAGAGAAAAUCCACCAUAGGGAUGGUAUUCUGCUUGUCUUUUAACUAUUACUCUAGGAGGGAGGAGUAUUCAUUGUGUGAAUAAAGUUGAAUCAGUUUUUUAAAUUAUAAAACAAUGUGUUAAAAGGUGCAUCAGCCUGUAGUUUUAGUAUUGAUUCCAACUGUGAAAUCCAUCAAAUAUUUUAAGCAAAUGAAACAUGUAGGAAGUAAAAUGAAUUAUCCCUUAGACCAAGCAAUCAAGCGAAUUUGCUUUAACGAAUGAUGAAAACUAGAUUAUCUGCUGUAUUAUUCCCAUCACGGGUGACUUUUUUUUUCUCUUCAUUAGCCAGAAAUGACUAAUUUAAAUUUAGAGCCUGAUUUUAAUUUAAAAUAAUGUUACCAUUAAUAACCUAUUCAUUGCAGAUACCUAUUAUACUGUGUAACAGUUGUUUUGGAAAUUUUAUGUAAAAUUAAAACUAUCAGUAUUUUACAGAUGUUUUAAUUAGACAUUGUUAUUAACAGGAACAGUGCAGAAACUAAAAUCAAGCCUUUAAUGUCUUAUAGACCAUGCAUUUUUGAAGUUACUGUCCACCAGAGUCCUAUUAACUGUACAUUUGUAAGAUUUCAUUAUUUUUCCCUCUAACACUAUGGGAAAAAUCUUUUAGAAGCUACUGGGACAUAUUCAAGCUUUUAUGUACUUGGUUAGUACAGCUGUAAAAUGAAAUCCUGUCAUUUAGCAUGGAUCAUUCUUCUCAUGUUAAAUCCACCAAAAUGAAGGGGCCUAAGCUGGUAAUAAUUUCCCUAGCACAUUUGCAUACUGUGAUAAUCCCGGUCCUUUGCAGUUGUUGUACAGGGCUCUUGGGCAUUAAAUUAUUAGAAUGUAAUUGUACAUCAUCAUAGCAUUCACCUUAUUGAAACUCAUUGGUGUUAA